CGCUAAGUGGCGUUGUCAUCGCGCAUCUAGUGGAUAGGGUUUACUUAACACAUGGGAAAUAUUAAAUCAGUCUACAGCAUGACUCUUUUUUUUCCAGUUACACUGCUGCGGAGUUGUCAAUGCCACCGAUUGGAUCAGCUCUACCAACAGCACCAACCAUCAGUUGCCCAUUUCAUGCUGCCCUAUUCCAUCAGGUCAGAGCGAUCAUUUCGAUUGCAAAUUGUACAAUGCAUACAAAGAGGGAUGUUUGGAGGUGUUUGGAGACUACAUCAACAGUAACAUAUCUUAUGUCGAGGGCGUUGGCAUAGGUCUGGCUAUUAUUCAGUUGCUGGGAAUUCUACUGUCCUGCUCUCUCACCAAGUUCAUCAGGAGUGACUAUGAAACAGUUUAAAGUCAUAAUACCAAAGGGCACAUACUUUACGUUUACAAAUAUAAUCAUUACAUAAUAAUAUACCAUUAUAGUUUGUAAGAAACGCCCGCAGAGUUAUAAAAAUGGAAAUACAAUAUUUACAAUUAUUUAUUGGUAUAUUGUCAAAUUAUUUUUUUAAGAAUACAGUUUUGUUUGCCAUACAUUUAUCCUUCAGAAAUAAUAUUGUUGCAGUGUCAUACUGAUGCGGGUACAAUACAUACUAUAUGUAUUUGUGAUGAAAUUUAUCCUGUAAUUAUAAUUUUUUGAUUCUUAGUUUAGGUAUUGUUAAAUAUAGUGUCUGUAACAUAGUUACUUUUUCUAAAUAAAUCAUUGUCAUAA